CCCUCCAUGAAUCAAACAAGCGCUACGUCUCGGUCUCUCCCUCCCAAAAAUUUUCUUCCAUUUUCUCGAGAAAAUCUAGCUCCUAGAAAAUCUCGCUCUUUCUUUCCCUAAACUAAACAUACACAUAUAUAUACAUUCACAGCGUGUGGUGAUGGAUCGGAGAAGAACCGAUAGUCCGGUGUACACACGGCAAUGGAGCGGCGAUUCCAGCAGCAUCGGUUCUUUGUCGCCGGCGAUGUCACCGGUUCAUCCUCAGUCGCGCCUAGGUACCUCUUCUACCAUCAAGCAGCGAAACUUUGCCGCCAAAGCAGCGGCGCAGCGUCUCGCUCAGGUCAUGGCCUCUCAGACAGUUGACAACGACGACGACGAAGAGGAAGACGAUGAUCUCGAGUUCGGGUUCAGUGCUCCGCGACCUCCCGCUCUCUCUUCUUACUCCAACAACGCCAAUAGCAACAAGAACGGUGUUAGUGUCGUUCCUCCGAUUUCGACCUCCCGGCCUAAUAGAUCUCCGUCUCCUGCGUUAGGUCGGAACUUUGUAGAGCAUAAUCUUUCAGUACGUUCAACGUCAGCUGGAAGACCAGCGGUGUCUAUUCGCUCAACAGCGGUGGUGUCGCCCAGUAAAUCCACAAUUCGAGUGCCAGUGGCUAUACCUCCAAUUGAUCCUCCUACCAAUAGAAGUAGAGACAAAAGGUUUCCAUCAGAUAUCAAACAACUUAACUCAAAAGAUACAGGAGAUCAGCAUGAAGCUUCUGCACUCCGUGAUGAACUUGAUAUGCUACAAGAAGAAAAUGACAUUAUAUUAGACAAGCUAAGACAUGCAGAGGAAAGACGUGACGAAGUAGAGGCUAGAGCAAAGGAGCUUGAGAAACAGGUUGCUUCUCUUGGACAAGGUGUAUCCAUGGAAGCUAGAUUGUUGAGCAGCAAGGAAGCUGCUUUGCGUCAAAGAGAGGCUGCUCUCAAGGCUGCAAAACAAGCACAGGAUGAGAGAGGUGGGGAUAUGACAGCCCUUCGCGUGGAAAUUCAGAACCUAAAAGAUGACGCUACAGCAGCUCUAGAACAACAGCAAGCAGCUGAAGCUGAAGCAAAGGCUCUCCGCACAAUGACACAGAGAAUGAUUUUGACCCAAGAAGAGAUGGAAGAAGUUGUUCUGAAAAGAUGCUGGCUUGCUCGCUACUGGGGUCUUGCUGUAAAACACGGCAUAUGUGCAGAUAUAGCUGCAUCCAAGCAUGAACAUUGGUCUUCUCUAGCUCCUCUUCCUUUUGAAGUUGUAACUUCUGCUGGACAAAAGGCUAAGGAAGAAUCUUGGAACAAAAAUGCUGAUGAUCCAGAUAUGAGCAAACCUGUUCGUGAUUUGAGUGAUCUCACUGGGGAAGGAAACAUUGAGAGCAUGCUUUCUGUUGAGAUGGGUUUGAGGGAGCUUGCUUCACUAAAGGUUGAAGAUGCUGUUGUGCUUGCAUUAGCCCAACACAGACGCCCAAAUUUGGUUCGGCAGUCCGUUUUUGAUUCCAGAUCACCUGGUGAUUCCAUAUUCGAGGAAGCAUUGGAGUUAAGUGAUGAGGAAGCAGAAGAUGUUCUUUUCAAAGAGGCUUGGCUAACUUAUUUCUGGAGAAGAGCUUUGUUCCAUGGUGUGGAAGAAGAUGUUGCAGAAGAGCGUCUUCAGUUUUGGAUUAGCCGUAGUGGGCAGUCUCCAACGUCACAUGAUGCCGUUGAAGUUGAGCGAUGUUUGUUGGAGAUGAGGAAGCUGGGUAUAGAACAACAACUUUGGGAAGCAUCUCGGAAAGAAAUUGAUGAGCCUCCAGCGUUAGCAGUUGCUAAUCAUAAGUUUCCCCCCGAAUCAGAAGCAUUGUCGUGAUUGGUGAUUGUGGACGUGCUUAAUUUGUUGGUUGAUUCUUUCUCAUAUAUGUAUAUUAUUUAUUUUUUGCACAUGCGUUUUUUCAUUCUGCACGCUAUGUUUUCUUGGGUUUAUACUUUAUACAGAGGAAGCAAGAAUCUUUGCAUUGCAAGAGACAUGGUGGAUUGUAAUUACCCUCACGAGAC